AUGUCUGGUGUCGAGGUAGCCGGCCUUGUGCUAGGCUGCCUGCCUUUGCUCAUACAAGGCAUUGAGUCUUACAAUGAAGGUCUUGACCCUAUUAAGAGCUUUAUGAGAUGGGAUAAGGAGCUGCCGCAAUGCAUCCGAAAGCUGCGCAAUCAGCAUGUCCACUAUUCUCAAACGAUCCGUAUCCUCCUCGAGCCUAUUACCGCCGAUGUCGAGCUAGCUGAGAUGAUGACGGACCCUGGAUCGUCACAGCUGUGGAAGGACAAAGAGAUGGCUCUGAAGCUUCAGGAUAGGCUGCAGGAAUCAUACCAUGCAUACCAAGGCACAAUUGCGGACAUAGAGCGCAUCACAAAGCAGAUUGCAAGCAAACUGGAUCUGGAUCGGGCAAACGAGCAGCUGAAACGCAACGAUCUUGAGGCGCUCCUGGCAGCCAACCCUAAAAAGGGAAUCGACAAGUUUGAGUUCAAGAAACGAAUCCGAUUCGGUAUGAGCAAGAAGACCGUCAAGGCGCUGCUUGAGGAGCUGAACGACUGCAACCGGGAGCUUGAACGCUUUACCGAGAAAAGCGAGAAGAUUGAGACGUAUCGCAAGGCUGCCAAACCAUCGUUCGUUACUCGACUGCAGCGCAUACAGGGUUACGCUAAGAACUUGCACACGUCGCUGUGUUGGUCUUGCUCCUGCAAAGACGUUCACCGUACGAGUCUUCAGCUGGAACCCAGAGGGAAUCUUUAUGCGUCUGGCAUGAAAAUAUCGAACUCUAGCAAGACCUGUUUCACGGUGUCGUUCUCAUCAGUCGCAGCUGGUACCGCCGCAUCGUGGAAAUGGCAAGCUGCAGAUAUCAAUAUUGAAGAGGAGGAGGAUGUAGGCCUCACGUCUAUGUCGUCCCUUAUGCCUAGAAUGACAAAGAGUGUGUCUUUCAGCUCACCUCCACCAUACUCCAUCAGCGACCCUGUAGCUAAUCAUUCACAAUCACUGCAAGAAGUGACAGACAUAUGCGCGUCAAUACAGCAGCUUCAGCCUGCCACGUCUCGCAUAGGUCUAUCGCUUGACGCUAGGAAGAAGCUUCGAGGUGUUUACAUCAUUGACACAACCGAGAAACUGACUCCCGUGUCCGAUGUGGUCUCCCUUGAGGACCUUCUGGAACGCCGCCCAACGGUCAGUGGCAAACGCGUGAAACUGAGUAAGAAAGAGAGAUACAGCUUGGCUUUCACCUUAGCUUCUAGCGUACUCUACCUCAAUUCAACACCAUGGCUCACGAACCAAUGGGCUGCCAGAGAUAUUCAGUUCCAUCAGACCGCGGCUGCCUCCAGCUUCAUCGAUAUCGAACAUCCGUAUCUAGCCCCGACAGCAAAGGAUCCUCUAGAUAGCCUGACUGCCAAGACGAAAGCUCUCAGCUUUCAGAACAAGAACACUGUUCUGCUUGCACUUGCAGUGGCGCUUCUGGAGCUGUACUUCGGGACGACCGCAGAGAAGUACCAAGAGACUGAGCAUGGUGCUUGUAAUCCAGCGCUUCACCAGAACUCAUGGAUGCUAUGUGCUAUGGCACACCAGUGGGCAGAGCAGUCGCAAGACGAGUUAUCUGCCGCGUUCUUGAGCGCUAUCAGGCAUUGCUUGCGGUGUUUCAGCGACCCUGGAGUUAGCCUGCAGGAUUCCGAGUUUUUGCAAGCAGCUGCAGAGGGUAUUGUGCUGCCGCUCCAGGAAGAGCUAUAUCAAUUCUUGGGUAAGACCAUUACAUGA